ACAACUUGGAUCUAAUCCACCUCGUCUCUCGCAUACCGAGAUCCGGGAAAUCGCCACUCGCCCCUUAAGCUGCACAAAUAUCACACAAUGUCAGAAGGGAAGAAAGAACUGGUGUGGUUCAUCACUGGGACAUCCAGCGGUUUCGGCCACCACCUCGUGCUCAUUGCGCUAAGCCGCGGCGACUGUGUCAUCGCGACCGCCCGCUCUCUGGACAAGAUCCAGGACUUCCCGGCCUCGGACAAGCUGCGCACCAUGCCGCUCGACGUCACGGAGGGCUUCGCGAGCAUCAAGGCCAAGAUCGACGAGGCCGUGACCUUCUUCGGGCGCAUCGACGUCCUCGUCAACAAUGCUGGGUAUGGGCACAAGGCGAUCUUGGAGGAAGGCGGAUCCGAUGUCUUGCGCCAGCAGUUCAACACGAACUUCUUCGGGCUGAUGGACGUGACGAACGCGGUGCUGCCGCACAUGCGCGACCGCUUCAGCGGCACCAUCGUCCUCAUCGGCAGCCGUGCGAGCUGGGUGCCCGAGAUUCCCGGCUCCGGCCCGUACGUCACUUCUAAGGCCGCAGUCCGAGUCCUCGGCGAGACGCUCAACGCGGAGCUCACCCCCCUCGGCCUGCGAACACUGAUAGUCGAGCCUGGCGGAUUUGUCACCAACUCGCUCGCCGGGCCCUGGCACGAGUUCAACAAUAUCCCAGCCUACGACGCUACGCGCGAGGGCACGAAGAUCGGUAUCGCGGGGGCCGGCGCACGCUUCCGCGGGGACCCGAAACGCGCGAUGGAGUUGCUGGUAGAUGUCGUGCGUCGCGAGGGACGCGCGACCGGAAAGCCGUGGCCGCUCUACCUGCCGAUGGGUGAGCUCGCGGAGGCGGGAAUUAGGUCGAAGGCCGCGAAGAUGCUCGGGGUGCUGGAUGCGUGGAAGGACGUGAUUUGUGAUCUGAACUUCGAGAAGAAGUGACGGCGAGAAGAGUGCGUACCAGGAAGGCGGCAGGAGACGAAUGGGCACCGUAACAUGUGCUGCUAUAUUGAUGUUCCUAAGGCAGGACGACGUGGAUUCAAAUCGUUGUAACAGUAUGCAGUAAAUCAAGAUGAUCCAAC